AAGGUCGUUUGUUAAGCAAGUUUGGGGUCGAAUCAAAUGACUCGAACUAAUUAGGGACGGAUCGCAGAUCGCGAACCCUCUCCCGUCUCCUCUCGCCCCGAAACGGCUCGCAAUCGAAAUCUUGAUGGAGCUUCCCAGAGGCGGUCUCCUCUUCCUGCUGUGGUCUAUCGCCCUCUUCUUUGCUUCCUUGGUGAAUCAAGCCGUGGGCAUCCGGUUCCCUGAUCGGAUCCCGGAGCUGACGCCUACGAGCCAGCGGCCCCUGAGGACUGCCGUCUUUGCCCUCGGGAGCUUCUGGCGAUCCGAGGCCGUCUUCGGGUGUCUUCCCGGCGUCGUCCGCACCUCCGUCGGCUACGCCGCUGGAUCCAAGACCAACCCCGAGUACCGUAAUUUGCGGGACCACGCCGAGUGUGUCCGAGUUGAGUAUGAUCCCAAGUUGAUUCAAUUCAAGCAGCUUUUGGAUGUCUUUUGGUCUAGUCAUGAUUCUAGGCAAGUUUUUGGCCAAGGACCUGAUGUAGGAGAUCAGUAUAGAUCCAUUAUCUUCACAAAUCAAACCCAAGAGGCGAGGUUGGCUGCUGUAAGUAAGGAGAGGGAACAGGCUAAAAGUCGGAGUAGUCUUGUGACAACAGAAAUCCAGCAACUGGGAGUAUUUUAUCCUGCUGAAGCUGAACAUCAGAAAUUUGAGCUGAAGCGUAAUCGGUUUCUCCUGCAGCUGAUUGGGAAUAUGCCAGAUGAGGAACUCAUGACAUCAAGCCUAGCUGCAAAGUUGAAUGGUUAUGCUGCUGAGCUUUGCCCCACAAUUAUACAAAGGAAGAUUGAUGCGAAGAUCGAUGAAAUUGUGAAAAAUGGUUGGCCUGUCUUACGGGAGAUCUAGGCCUAAAUCGCAUGCCACGAUAAUACAGCAUUAUUUCUGUGUUCACUAUCUUGCACCAUUUUCCAGAAGCAGUAGGAUGAGGCAAAAAUCCAUGAGGUACCACAUUUAGUUUUCGCUAUAUUCAAAUUCUUGUGCUUCAAAAGCUUAAGCUGCUAUGCUGGUAGAUCGAGCUGCUUGGCGAUUGACUUCAUCCAUUAGCUUCCACGCCUUUUGUCAUCUCUGCCAUAAAAUGUCCAGACGAACAAAAUAACUGAUCUGGGGAACUUUGAGAGAUUAUUACUGAGAUGGCUUCCUAUACAGUAUAUAUUAGUUAGGUGUAAUCAUAGUUAUGUUGUAAAAGGCUUCUUUAGCUGUUCGUGAGUUCCAAAGGUAUUAAACAUUUCAUGCA